AUGGUUUUUUUGUACCUUCUUAAAAAUACACCAAAUUUGAAUUUGUCGCAACAACAUCUGCUGAUGAUGCUUCCACUGGAAAAACAUUUGCAGACUUGUUGGCUGGAAAUGCCGGAAAUGCGCCCGAAUAUCAAAAAGAUGAAAACAAUCGUCAAUUCUCAUCUGAAAUCAAAAGGUGGUGGCUCACUUGUGGAUCAAAUGAUGAAAAUGAUGGAAGAUGCAACAAUGGUCAAAGAUCGAACAGCGAUGUUGGAAGAGGCGCAACAGCAAGCUGAUCGAUUGCUCUAUAAUAUGUUACCAAGAUCGGUAGCGGAUGACCUCAAAGUUGGCAAGUCGGUACCACCACAGCUAUAUCCCUGUGCCACAGUGCUAUUUUCGGAUAUCCGCGGCUUCACACAUUUAUCGUCCAUUUCUACGCCAUUCCAAAUUGUGCAGUUCCUUAACGAACUUUUUUCGGGCUUCGAUGAUAUCAUUGCCAAACACGAUGCUUAUAAGGUGGAAACAAUCGGUGAUGCGUAUAUGAUCGUUUCUGGAGUACCGAAGGAGAACGGUAACGCUCAUGUGGAAAAUAUUGCAAACGUGGCACUCAGAAUGAGAACGGUCGAUUUUGAUUAUAAAAUUACUGCAUCAGGAAAAUGA